UCUUCCUCUUCCCCCGCCGCCGCCCUGAGGUGAGGGAGCCAUGGCGGUCAGGGAGCCGUCCCAAUCCGGUCCCAUCCUGCCCAGGGCGCCUCGGGGAGGCGAUGAGGGGGCGAGGGCUCGGUCCGCCUCGCCGGACGCCCUCGUUGAGCUCCCAAAAUGGUGCGCUACUCUCUGGAUCCGGAGAACCCCACGAAAUCAUGCAAGUCACGGGGGUCCAACCUGCGAGUGCAUUUCAAGAACACUCGAGAGACCGCACAGGCCAUCAAGGGCAUGCACAUCCGCAAGGCCACCAAGUACCUGAAGGACGUCACCCUGAAGAAGCAAUGCGUUCCCUUCCGUCGCUACAACGGGGGAGUCGGUAGAUGCGCCCAGGCCAAGCAGUGGGGCUGGACGCAGGGACGCUGGCCCAAGAAAAGCGCUGAGUUCUUGCUGCACAUGCUGAAAAACGCGGAGAGCAACGCCGAGCUCAAGGGUCUCGAUGUGGAUUCUCUGGUCAUCGAGCACAUCCAGGUCAACAAGGCUCCCAAAAUGCGGAGGCGCACCUACAGAGCUCACGGUAGGAUCAACCCCUACAUGAGCUCCCCCUGCCACAUCGAGAUGAUCCUCACCGAGAAGGAGCAGAUCGUUCCCAAGCCAGAGGAAGAAGUCGCUCAAAAGAAAAAGGUAUCCCAAAAGAAGCUGAAGAAGCAGAAGCUGAUGGCUCGGGAGUAAAGCCGGUGCAACGCAUGUACAUAAAUAAAAUUUUAAAAUUAA